AUGGUUGACCUGGGUACACGCCUGUCCUUGAAGGAUGCCCAUUCGCCAGCUCGACUGCUGGAAGGCAUAGAUGAGGUUCCUCAGGAAAAGCGGCGGGAGAUGGGUGAAAAGCUGCAGCGCGCUCUCCUGAAAGCCAAGUUCAUCGGUUGGGAGUCGAAACAGAUGGCAGUGCGACGACAUAAUCCGGACUACAUUCCACGGAGGUGCCCCCAAGCCUGGUCUGUUUUCAUCGGCUUUGUCACAGUCGCAAUAAUGUCGGCUUUCCUGGUGGUUGCGCUGAUGGUGCUCACAUUCUUCUUGAACAUGAAGUCCCACCUGAUUUACAAUUGGGGCGAUUGCCUGAGGGACAAUUGCAACAAUCCCUUGCACAAGCAUGGGAUUAAAGGAUUGCUCGCCGAUGUGUCCGUGGACAUUGCCUUGGCGUUGAUCUUCGUUGUCUUGCUUGGGGAGGCUUGCAAGGCACUGGCGGCUUUGCUAGCCAAGCUUUGGAACUUCAAGUACAUGCGGCGACGGCAGUACAUGCAAGCGAUGCUCUCCCUCUUCAUCGAGGUCCUAGCAAAGGUUGGGGUAUUCUCGCUGUUGGCCUUUAUCUUCUUGCCAAGUUGGCAUGCAGACCCGGUAUCCACAGAGCUGCCAGAUGCCAGGGAGGCCUGCGCGGAUUUCCCAGAUUACCAGAUCUGUGCUCGCAUGGCAGGGUGCGAUGUAGGAGACGACCCACUAUGCUGCAGUGGUACCUUGCUUUGUGCCAAAUCCUUUUUGACAUUUGAGAACAGGCGCCUCCUUUUCGAGCAAUGGCUUCUUGGACCAUUCAUCGUCUGUCCGUUCGUUGACAUGAUCCCCGCGCUGCUUGCACCGUUGAUUGCCAAGAGACUAAACAACUGGGCCGAUCAUAGAGAUACUGGGUCACAGGCACACCGUCGUGGCAUUUGUACGACAAUCCGCAGAUUCUUCGGACAAUGCUGCUGUCUCUGCUGCGGUGUUCCACUCACCCGGCUGCUGUCACUGAUCUUUGUCUUGGACGCUGAAGUGACGGGAUUGCGCUAUUUGUGCUGCGGUCGCACUUUUGCUACGACAGAACUUGACAUGUCUGAUGUUGAUGAUGAGUGCUGUGAGAGAUGUUUGGACGGCCCAUUGGAGCAAGUCGUUUUGCGGGAGUUCGAUGCGCUGGAUGAGCUUAAGGACAUCAAGCUGAACUUCCUUUUCGUGGUGCUGUUUGCCCCAGUGCUACCCUGGGGAAUCAUCCCUACGCUGCUGGCGAGACUUCUGGAGGUGAGGUGCAAGCUCCCGAAGCUAUUUCUGGUUCGGCGGCGGAGCUUCCCCCGCGAUGCGCAAUUACUGCACAGCACGCAGGGGAGCUUUACUGAUGUCGUGACCUCCUUCGCAGUGUUUUGGUAUUUGGGACUAUCCAUGGUCACAUACAACACCGAGUUGUACAGAUGGAGUGCUGCAGAACUUCUGCUGAUCUGGCUUGGGUUGGGUUUUGCUGGAUCGAUACUCGUCAGCUCCUUGUCGAUAUAUAAUCAGCUUGUUUGA